AAAAUCUGUUUCUUUUUUUUUUAUUAAGGACACUUUCCCAUCAAUUUUUCUUGCUUUCUUUUCUAGUGUCACUCACUACUAGCACACUCCUUUUCAUGCUUUUCUCUUCUCAUUUGUCCCAUCUUUAAUCCCUUUUUUCCACUUCUUUAAUUAAAAAAACUUUUGUGCAAAACAUGGGCACUUCUGGCAACAAUUUUCUCCAAGUCGUCGCAAAAAACUUCGAUGUUCUUGCUUUGCCCUUGGUUACCCUUGUUUAUCCUUUAUAUGCUUCAGUAAAGGCCAUAGAGACGAGGUCUAGUAUUGAUGACCAACAAUGGCUCACAUAUUGGGUUCUCUACUCUUUGAUCACACUCUUCGAACUCACAUUUGCCAAACUUCUUGAACUGCUUGCAAUUUGGCCUUAUGCCAAGUUGAUACUAAGUUGUUGGUUGGUCCUUCCUCACUUCAAUGGAGCAGCACAUGUUUAUAGACACUAUGUUAGACCAUUCUACAUGAAUCCUCAAAUGCCACAAAUGCCACAAAUGCCAGGAACUUCUCAAAUGUGUCAAAUGUGGUAUGUUCCACGGAAGAAGAACAUAUUUAAUAAGGAAGAUGAUGUUCUAACAGCUGCAGAGAGAUAUAUGCAACAACACGGAACAGAAGCAUUUGAAAGACUCAUAAGCAAGACUGACAGAGAAACUAGAGCAAGGAGGAAUGGAAACUACAUGAUCUUUGAUGAUGAUUAUAGAUAUUAACUGGUUUAACUAAGACAUUAUAUGAUGUUUUUUCACCAAAAUUUAAAGACACUUUAAUAGUUCUAUAAUGGCUUGGCUUAUGAGUUGACUGUAAUUUCUUGAAAAAAAAUUCAAUAGACACAUGUUAGGUUAUCAUGUGUUAGCGUAUGCAAAAAGAAAACUGGUAGUCAUGCCAAUUAUGUUAUCUAUGAAAUAAUUUUUUUAGUGACAAGUUUAUAAUUUAAAUUAA